AUGUCAGAAUCGGAGUGGCCUUUUGUCUUGAAAGACCUGGUGCCUUUGAUUCAAGAUAAGUCCACCAGUCAAAAAGUCGAUCCUAACUGGACGUGUGCAAAGCAUAGCAAGGACAAUUAUAUGCCACGACAGCUAAAACUUAUAGGCGACAUUGGAAAAGGGUCAUUUGCCAGAGUAUUUCUUAAUGAACGAGAUGACCUCAUAGAAGACGGACGACCGAAGAAGUUUGCUGCCAAAGUAGUCUUCAAAGAGAUGAAUCCUCGUGGGUAUGAAUGGAUUAAAGCCAAGAAAUAUGAUGAAAAGAAAGAGGCAUGGAGGUCCGCAAGGAACGAGGCAAAGAUAUUAGGAAGACUAAAGCACGAGCAAGUGAUAAACUACUUUGGAGCAUUCGAGAACAAAAUUUGUUGGGUCAUUAUUCUUGACUACGCUCGUGGAGGAAACCUAGAUGACCGACUGCGUCGUGCUAAGCAGUUCAGUGAACCGGUUACAGCACACUAUUUAAGACCUGGAAAUUUUCUCAUUAAAGACGCAUAUAGCCAUUCCUCUGACCCCACUAAAGACAAUCUUUUACUAAGCAACUUCGGAUGCAAUUCGCCUAGUGCUGUCCAUAGCAAAGAUAAUAUGGUAUGGAAUGUUUGUGGAAGUAACGGCUUUGUGGCACCAGAAAUUACUAGGCUAUCUGAUUCGGAGCAAAAAUGGUAUACAGAAACAGUAGACAUUUGGUCGCUUGGAUCAACAGCAUUCACACUCUUAACCGGGCGUCUUGUAACCGAAGAAAUCCCAGAACAUGCAAUACCUACCACACUCCCUGUUUCACGUGAUAUUGAAAUAGCACAGGCCAUCACCAAUGACCACAUUGAGAAGUACAUUCUACCCAAACUACCACAUGGUAUAAGCAAAAAAGACCAUCUGCAGAAUCCCUUCUGGAAAAUGGGGUUAGAGUCUAGACUGCUCACAUAUGACUAA